AGAUAAAGGCGUACAUGUAUCAAUGUAUAUAUUGAUGUAUUAAAUCUUAAUACCUUAAACAAAUGGACGCUUGUAAUAGAUAAAUAUUUGUGUAUCAAAUUCUUUGUUUAAGACGCUGAAAAUUUCGUUAAGUCGAGGAGUCAUUGACUGAAGAUUCGUGAUUCAUUUUUCAAACAAUUCAUGAAAAAAACUGAAGAAAAAAUAUAUUUUGAAAUUACACGUUGCAUGAAGACAAAAAUGUGAUGAUAUAAAUAUAAAUGAUAAAAUAAAUUGAUAACGUGAUAAAAUUUUUGAACUAUGCCUAAACAUAGUGUGUUGAAACUAUAGAAAGAGAGAAAACGUUACGAAAAAGAAAUCUUAGAAUAUUUUUUGGGAUAUCACAAGGACUUGAAAAUGAGUAAACUUAGCGACUGGAAAGAUUUUUUAAUCAUCGGUAUAUAUUUUGCUUUUGUUUUAGCAGUUGGAAUAGCGUCAUCAUGCCGGAAAGGGAGAAAUUCGGUGAAAGGAUAUUUUCUUGCUGGGAGAAAUAUGCACUGGCUUCCGAUUGGUUUCUCAUUAUUUGCUAGUAAUAUUGGCAGUGAGCACUUUAUCGGGUUGGCUGGUAGUGGAGCCAAGUCGGGUAUAGCAGUUGUUGCAUUUGAGUGGGGAGCUGUGCUGCUGCUGUUGAUGCUGGGCUGGUUAUUUUUACCGAUUUAUUUGACGUCAGGGGUUUACACAAUGCCAGAAUAUCUUGAACGAAGAUUUGGCGGUAGACGCAUCCGACUUUAUAUGAGUAUAAUCUCCACACUGCUGUAUAUUAUAACCAAAAUAUCCGUGGACGUGUUUGCAGGCUCAGUGUUUAUACAACAGGCACUAGGUUUUAACACCUACAUCUCCAUCACAGCAUUGCUGGUUGUUACAGCUAUAUACACUAUAGUUGGUGGCCUAUCAGCUGUUAUAUUCACAGAUACAUUACAAACAAUUAUAAUGCUAACAGGGUCCAUAAUUCUUGCUGUCCUAGCAUAUGUGAAAGUUGGCGGUCUAUGGGCACUUGAAUAUAAAUACCCACACGCAAUACCCGAUACAUACGACCCGUCCACGAAUUCCACGUGCGGUCUGCCACGUGAUGAUGCUUUCCACAUACUCCGAGAUCCCGUGCAUUCUGAUUUACCGUGGCCUGGUGUUGUCAUACGGUCAACAUUUGUCUCGCUGUGGUACUGGUGCACGGAUCAGGUUAUUGUGCAACGUACUUUGGCUGCCAAGAACAUCGCGCAUGCGCGAGGAGGAACUAUUGUUGCAGGAUAUUUGAAAAUAUUGCCACUUUUUCUCAUUAUCAUCCCAGGAAUGAUCAGUCGGGUUCUUUUCACAGACGAGGUAGCGUGUAUUGAUCCUGCCAUUUGCAAGGAGGUAUGUGACAAUGAAAGCGGAUGUUCUAACAUAGCGUACCCGAAACUGGUUCUCGAACUCGCACCUGUUGGAUUAAAAGGUUUAAUGAUGGCGGUGAUGAUGUCAGCAUUAAUGAGCUCUCUGACGUCAAUAUUUAACAGCGCAGCUACACUAUUUACCAUGGAUAUCUGGAAAAAGCUCCGCCCCGUAGCCUCCGAUCGAGAACUCGUCAUUUCCGGAAGAAUAUUUGUGGCUGUUUUGGUUGGUGUCAGCGUUGCAUGGAUACCGUUGGUGAAGUCAGCUCAAGGGGGACAACUCUUCAUCUAUAUUCAAGCGGUGACAGGGUAUAUUGCUCCGCCGGUGUGCUCUGUGUUUUUAUUGGCUGUUCUCAUUCCAAGAGUAAAUGAAGAGGGAGCAUUCUGGGGAAUACUGAUUGGCCAGUUGGCGGGAAUUGUCCGGUUGGUUCUGGACUUCAUUUAUCCGGCUCCAGGGUGCGGUGAAAUAGACAACCGUCCGGUCGUGUUAUCUGCGAUAAAUUUCACAUAUUUUUCCGCCAUGAUGCUGGUUCUGUCAGCUUUAAUCACCAUUAUUCUAAGCUUCUGUACUUCACAGCCAGAUUAUGAUAAGAUAUAUGGGCUAACUGUAUGGGGUGUACACAAGUUCGGAGUUAAGAGGAACCGCCUGGCCAAACGAAGACACACUAUAAUUCGUUCAGACAGUGAUGUUGCCAAUGGUAAAAGUGUGUUCAUGGUAGAAAAGGCAUAUGAUACUCCAAGAAUGUCAGCUAUUUCAAAGGAAAUUUACCGUUCAAACAUAGAAGAUCAGUACGCGGAAGAAGACAAAAUGGCGGAAAGAUACCAAGAAACAAUGAAAAUAUCUAGCGGUGUCUCCCUGUUUUUAAACUUUAACGCUAUAUUACUCAUGUGUGUUUUUGUAUUGUGUUAUGCACUAUUUGCAUAGAUUUUUUGUUUGUUUGUUUUUAGGUUGUAAAGGUUUCUUUUGCUUUGUUUUUUACUUAUUAACAGUAUACCAAGAAAACGGAAUUUUAAAAGGAAAUGUGCCAUUUUUACAAAUUUUAAUGUCAAUGGUUAGAAAAAGAAUAUGACAUUUUUACAAACAAUGAAUAUGGUAACU